UAUAAAAUUUUAAUUUGCUGCUGUCUUUGACGUUGUUGCUUUUUUCCACCAUCUUGGCUUUGAGAUUUCAUCCAAACCAUCCCAAGUAAUCUUUCAAGUACAAAGCCUCAGGCUGAUUUGAAGUUAGAAAGGAAAACCUCAAGAAAACCUCCAUUACAUUUUCUACUGGAAGGUAACUGUUAGAACGAGGAAUAACUCCGUCAAACGUCAACCAGUAUUGUCGCCCUUCCGCCAUAUUGAGUUUGCACGAAGAAUUUUGACGUCGAAGGAAUUUGCAAGUUUGGGGCAUUUUUCACCGCUUCUUAUCUUCAUGACUACCUAUCCAGAAUGUCCGACAGGUUUGGGCUUAAAGUAAAGGAAAAUGCGGGGAAGACGAAAUAUUCUUCACUCAACUUAAACCAGACGUACAAAGGAACUAAGGUUGAAACCAAGACAUCUUCAGGAACUGCUCGCCAUGGGCUACAGAGCCUUGGAAAAGUCGGUGCAAGUCGUCGAAUCCCUCCGCCUGCAAAUCUUCCGUCUUUGAAGAGCGAAAACUCCGGCAACGAUCCUACAGUUUCUUUAGUUCCUAGUGGUGGUGGAGGAUGGGGCAGUGCGAAGGAGAAACCUUCGGAAACUCCUCCAGCAACUACUUCUCAAACAGUAGCUCCAAGUUCUACGCCAUCGCAAACAAAUGCGCCUACUUCUCAGCAGCCGCUAUUGCAGCCGCAGCGGCCUAUAGCGCCGCCAUCUCAUCCACAGCAUGUACAACAACCUCAACCACAAUCGCAAAACUCGGGGCAGACACAAACACAACCGGCCAAACAACAGCAAGAAUCUCAAGGAAAAACAUGGGGCAGUGUAUCAUCAAACGAGGGUGGUGGUCAAGGUAAGAAAUGACAAAAUUUAAGUUUUAGUUUCUAAGCGAAUAAUUUGUUUUGUUUGACGAAGGAGUAUAUGCAGUUUGACAAUUAACAUAUCGUUUCUGGCGUAUAAUAAACUCAGUGAUAACUCAUGACAAGGAAGUUUUAUCUUCACCAGUAUUAAAAUUAUUGGCUUGUCGAUGUCUACGCUAUAUGUAUUUGCCUUUCAUGAGAUUAUUGCUCCUGUGCUCCUGAAUGAUGGCAUCUAUGUCGCUCCAAUAUUAUGAAGUAUUAAUGACUACUUAAAGCUUUUGUUUCAUUUUCACUCUUGUUAACGAAAAUCCUGGGGUGGUUGGUUUGCUGGAGAUUUUCUGUUUUCUACCAAAUUCAAAAGCAUUUUUUUUCAUGCUCUUAAAAUAUUUAUGUGCCCAGUAAUUCAGUUUAUUUGUAGUCGUAGAAAGUGUGAUUCUGUGCACAAUGUUAUGUACUGUUGGGUGGUUUGCAGCACCUGUUGCAGAAUAGUUAUGUAACGCCUUGUAUGGUAUACAUUGGUUACUUGAAAUCGAGUUGCAAGUGGUAUAUUCGUACUGUAAAAUUGCAAAAGUAACAACUUUUGUUACUUUUGCAUUUAAGGUGGCUCCCUAUAGUUUUGCAAUCACAUGCGCUGAGGAUGAAAACUCAAGUAAUCUGCAUGUGCUGGAAGGAAAAUGACAGUGCUUUUUGAUAUUAUAUGACGUCAACAUGAGCUCAAAAAGUACAACUGACAGUGAGUUUUCUUGUGUUCCCUUGGCUGAAAUUCUGUAAAAUUUGGCAGACUGGUAGUAAAUAUUUUACUUGAACUAGAGCUCGUUCUACAGGGAAAUCUGUAGGAGCAGUUUUUUCACAGUGGUAAAAGUCAAAUUUGCAAACUUGAAAAAACUGCCUGUUCAAACCCUGCUUUUUUCGUGUUUAAAAUUCGUUCCUGCAACGUGCUAUGUGCUGUGAGAAUUUUGGAGGAUUUCACUGAAGGAAAUUCAAGAAAAUCAGAAAGCCAUAAUAAAAGUAAAGAACACGUUUGCUUUGGGUAUUUGUAAUUCAAGACUUAAACCCAAAAUUUUAACAGAUGAUAGUAAAACACUAUUUAAUCAUUGUCUAUCACAUGUAAUAAGUUUGAGAGGACUGGGUGAAAAAACAAAUGGAAAAACAGCAUUCAAGACAUAACACUUGCGUGCAGAAUGCCAUAAAUGAUUACCCUAUGGAGCAACCCUAAGAAACCUUUCCUAUUACUACUAUCAGAGGCUCACUAUUUUGGGGAGCCAAGAUUUGUAUAAUAUGUGGAGCUUUUGCAUCAUAAUGAAAUAAUAUGUUCUUUGUAAAGCUUUGCAGAAGGUAUGUGUAGCCUUUUUCAGGAGCCAUAAUCCCUGAUUAUCAUUCCUGUAUCUGUGUGUUACGUACAUGUGGGAAAAGGGUAGCAUUUAGAGUUAAUGGGAUCCUUGAUGAGAGCAAAAAUUAGUGUUUGGCAUGUGAAAAUUUCUGGAAAGACAAGCUUGAUCUGUGAAUUUACAAGCAGUUAUUCUGUUAAAAGUGUAUGUAACACAUGAAGAUGUCUGAAUUUGGUUGUUUUUGUGUGAAACUGGAUCAAAGAGGAUGAAACAGGCUGAUGUAAAGUCUGUAGAAAAAAGGAAAUAUAAGAAUGAUAAUUCAGUGGUUGUUAUUAGUCACUAUAUAAUAGAAUGUUGAAAAACAUUCAGCACACUCAAAAAACUCAGAACUAAACUUAUUUUGAUAAUUGCAACUGAAGGAGUGUUUUUUGGCAAAAGAGAGAACAUUUCCUCUCUUCUCUAUCAAGAUAGAAGCACUUGCCUUCGGAUUGUAUUCCCACAGCAUUUCUCAGUCCCUAAAUUUCGUCCAGGACAGUAACGUUGGGGUGGGUGGUGAGGAUCCUGAAUCACAGUCCUGUUUUCUAUCAGAUCAUGAAUCAUGUAAUGUGAUGCCGACUAUUUCAUGAAUCACUUUUAGUUUCCAUUGCUGCAGAAAAUAACUUUUAGCUCUGGGUUGUCAACUAGCUGGCUGGCGGUGAAAAUCAUCAUUUACGUUUACUUCACAAUCUUGUUAUUUACCUGAUUCUUUAGAAACAAGGCAAAAUCAGCUGGUUGCUUGAACAAUAACCCCAUGUACUUUAAAAUUUUGUGACAACCAUGGCAUCUGUUCAGUUGAUAUGCAUAGUAUGUAGUUUGAAGGGAAUCUUGGCUGAAAAGCAGUUCAAGUUCCAAAGUAUACCCACUGGUCCCGUUUAACUGAUUCUGGAAUUUUUAGUUGAUAUGUCUGUAAGUGGUUUGAAUACAAAGUGUUUGGGGUGUCACCACGUUUACUUUAUGGUAAUUUAUGAUGUCACUGCUUGGUCAGAGAUCUCAGUAUAGAGUCCACAGAAGAUUUCUUGUUGAAACUGAACAUAAUUGUCUGGAAUGUGAAUUAUUAAAUGAUCAGAAGCACUUUUAUAUCUCUAGAUUCAGUGUGUUUUAAAAAGUCCCACUGCAUAAUGAUGUCAUAAUUUCCCAUCAAGCUUUGAAAAAAUAAACAUGGCAGUAUGCAGGAAAUUUGAAAUCCAAGAAAUAGCUAAAAAGAAAAGCCCAGCGUUCAAAAUAGGCAAAGAAUUAUCAAGUUCAAAUCACUGAAACAAUAAUAUUUAACACAAACACCAUCUUGUGAUUUGGAACAAAACUGUUUUUGUAGCCAAUAUUCCCUUUAAUAGUCUAGGACCAUGGCAAUGUUUUGAUGAACACAUAGGGCAAGAAAGUCCUGAAAAUGCACAAGUUUAAUCCAAAAUCAGUCUAUGGUUCAUGACUUGGCUGUUUGAAGUAGUACUGAUGCAAGUCAGAUUGUUGGGGUCAAAAUUUAGGCAGUAACAAAUUUGAUCAAAAUUUACGAAAGUCACAUGUCCAGGAUAGAAUGCUAAUGGGCUACUGAGAUGCAUGCUUUUUUAGUUAUUUUUUUGUAAAUACUACCUCUUAGUGGGCACGUCGGGUAUGUUAUGGACCAGUCAGUGGA